GUGAGUUUCUCAAGCUUUGCGUGUCGGUGUGGGAUCUUGGGAGGGGGGAUUGUUUUCCGGUCAUCAAUUCGGUGGCCGUAUCGCAACAAUCAAGCGUCCGAGCUGCGGGUGAUCGACACUUCCUGAUUCCGGCUUUUCUUAGUUGCGCUGUUGAUAUCUAUUGUAGAUUUCAUUGCGAUUUCAUGUGAUGUCUCCUUAAGCGCUGCAUUGGUUCUUUAAAGCGCUGGAGCAUUGUCAAAUUUUAGCGGCUGCACUAGAUUGGUGAAGAGAUUUUGUGGAUAGACAUGGCGUCCUUCAAGCCUAAGCGUGAGGUCUGGCCAGGCGAUGUUGACGGUGAGCCGCAGACUAGGAUCUUGGACACCGUCUUGGUUCAGGUUUCCAACAAAGCGCAAGAAAAAUUUUCAAGCGCCAUCCAGCGGUUGCAGCGGGGCACCCGAGCACUGGUGGGUACUACUGCAGCAUCGAGUGUUGCUCCUUCUGAAGACGAUCGAAUCGUUCCACGACGUAUCGACGAUAGGUCGAAUCUGAAGCGAGCACCAUUUGUCAGACUCAACAUCGUGAGCACAGAAGCCAGAUCGAACAAUCUGCCAAGGUCUAAAACGAUGGGAGCAACGAUUUAUCGUUGGUUCUUGCCUCGUGGGUCGAGUAAUCACCCUGUCAAAGUUCCAGCCGUGGAUUCAACGAAGAAGAAUAAGAUGUUGGAGAUCGACGUUAGCGAGGAAUAUUGUAAACCCCACUGCUGGAAGCAGCUCAUCAGGUUUUUAAGAGAGCAAUCGCACAGCGCGUAACACUCGCUGCACUACUCCCGCAGCGAACGGCUGAACUAUGACCUCAAGAGCUACCAGUUGAACUUCGACGAUGGCUGUUGGCGGGUUGAUAAGAAUUGCGCCUCGUCUGUGGCGAUUGAUAAGAACGUUGAUCCAGACAAGAGGGCAAGAGCAAUGCACACAGAAUUUCUCAACAGGUUUUCUCCAAGUCGCGCAGAGAACGGUAGUUAGGAUAGUCCUCAGUCUCAUAAAUCCAGGUGGUUGUCCUUCGCCUUUGCCUGCAAAGGUGACGUCCAAGGAAAUAUUGGAAAAUUCCAAGCGAAAUGUUGUGUCCAUUCGGCACUAGAGGCAAAGUCGAUCUCCGACCACAUCUAAACUUGAUUCGGUCAAGUUUCUUGCAACACUUGCAUGUUGCACCCCCACCCCUUGGACAACAUCUUGUUGAAAACGAAGUUGCACACGAAGAUACACAAUGUGAUGGGCUAUUUUGCCCUCUCUAAGACAAGACUUGGAGAAAGCAUUCCAGAGCAGUAGUUUGUCAAGACUUGUAAAUAAAUAAAGCUGGGAUUCCAGCUUGACAUACACAGAGUGGGAAAGUAAUUGAUGUGCAUGGAGACAUGAAGGAGCUUGUGCAAAUCCGAAGGAGUUAUUAAAUGUUAUUAGUUCACAUGGCUUGUUCAUGACUGUUUCUUAAGGAAGUAGUUUGUUUCAUGUACCAUAGUAAAAGUUAUCAACAUUCCGAAUCUGGUUUAUGUGA